CGAAGUGUGAGAGCAUUCGCAGCUGACGGGAGGUGAGAGAAUUCUCGAAUUGGCGUCUUACGGUUUCGAGAGGCGGCUGGCGGUCUUGCAACUUCAAGCACAACUUGGACAGCAUGGCCAUGGCUGCGCCAGCGGUACAUCGGUGAAGUGCUAUCCCCGCCUGCUCGCUGCCAGCCCGUCAACUGACUCGUUGAGAGGUUCCUGAGUGAGCCCUCAGGCACGCCCUGGCUAGCGAGGCCUGCGUUUGAUUUGGCGCGAGGAGAGGGGUGCGCAUGGGCAACGUCAACCCUUCGGCAAUCAACCCGCCUCUGUCCCACCGGCUCGCCGGCUUUCGGGGCGUCCAGGCCAAGUAUGAGCCCAUUGACCAGAAUGAGGAUCGGGUGGAGAUGCGCCGCUCUCCGUCAUCCCCCCGCAACUCGUUUGCAGGCUCGCCCGAGCUGCCGCACAUGGGCGCCCACACGGACGAUGGGGCAGGCGAGGGCGACGGCCGCUCAGAGAUAUACACCGGCAACUCACCCAUCUCCAGCCACGUGCGCUCGGGCUCCCCCAGCUCCUUUGGCCCUCGCCCGGCCCUCGCACGAGUGGAGAUCCUCGCCAGUGAGCCCACUGACGCAGACCCCAUCGUCAAGAAGGAGACGGACGACUCCUCUGUGCCCGCCCCAGUGGCCCCGCCGGAGGAUCGGCUGCACGUGGCCGUGUGGCUGGCCGACCUGGGCAAGAUAGAGCAGCUGGUGGCGGAGGGGGUCGAUGUCAACGAGAAGGACUUCCGCGGUAUCACGCCACUCUAUCUCGCCAUCCAGCUGGUGCAGCGGUCCGACGCAUAUCGGCCCAUCGUGAGUAUGCUGCUGAAGCACAAGGCGAACCCGCAGCUCAAGACGCCGUCGGGGUGGACGGCCAUUGACGAGGCGGUAUCGUCGGGCGACCGUCAGUGCGUGCGCGAGGUGUUCACCGCCAUGCAGCACGGCAAGCGGCAGAAGUGGCGGCGGGACCUUCCCGGGCUCGUCCAGGCCAUGUCCAUCCUCCCUGACUUCUACCUGGAGAUCAGGGGCGAGCUCGAGAGCUCCGUCAUCCCAUUCGUCAACAAGGUCGCCCCCUCUGACACCUUCCGCAUGUGGAAGAAGGGCACCAGCCUUCGCCUCGACAGCACGUUCGUCAGCUGGAAGCCGCUCCGGGGCACCAAGAGGCGGCCCAUCACCACCCUGGUCAAGCUGGGCCAGGCAGCGCGGGAGCCACCCCAACAAGGCAACGAGGGCGACACCUCGGCGAGCGAGUCGCCACCCACCGGCAAGCAGCGCGAGAUCAAGCCCCCCAGGAGGACACAGGCACCGUCAAACGUGUCUGGUGGCGACUGCAGCAAUGCCAGCACGACGACCUCCCCCUCCGCCCCCCACUCUGAGAGACGGCCAGGGUUCGCCGCCAAGUCGCGGGACAGCACGGCGUCGAGGCAAAGCCGGGGAUCGCAUGACGACCCAAAAGGGAAGGGUGACGUGGAUGGUGAUGGUGGGGGCGGGGGUCUGGAUCCGUCGAUUCAGAUCUACAUGUUGAAUCGUAACAAGGCGACCUAUGUGGUGCCUGACGAGGAGGCCGACGAUGAGGAGCUAGACGUCAUGGUGCAGGACCUCAUGAAGGCCGACCCCAUACAGGUAGGCAGGGAGGGCACAUCAUAUGGGAGGGAGGGAGGGAGGGAGGGAGGGAGGAACAGGCAGGCAGACACACCUGAUGGAUUGAUGCAUCGGUUGUGUUGGUUGCUCAGGGUGAUGUUCGUUUAGAGGAUCUGCAGGUAGCCGAUAGCAUGAGUUUGUUCGGCGCCAAGCUGCAGCCCAAGGUCGGGCCCUGGAACACCAAAAGGAUCGACCUCAAAGGCACCAUCGUGCUCAAGGUAUGUAUGGUGCCAAUCACUAUCUACCUCCAAAUUAUCCACUGUGUCGUGCCUCUGGUGACCUGCAGGUGCGCAAGAAGGGAUUUCGCCGCAAUCGGUUGAGCUUCGAGGAGUACUUCGGCUUCCCCCUCCCCCCACGCGCCUGUCCACCCGAAGUGGCCGACCGCCUUCGGCUGCAGACCAUCCCGCCCCUCUCACUCGGCCCCAAGGCGCCCCCCAAGAAGCGGAAGCCAUUCGAUGGCAUCAAGGGCGACUACUCGUUCCGCAUCAUUCGGUACGGUGAGACGGCUAAUGAGGUGUCGGCCAUUGGCGACCGGUACUGGGAGGACAUGGCCAGCGACUCCGACGACGACUACGACGAGGAACAGCCAAUCACCAUCGACCCAAACACGGUGAGAGGGAGAGGUGGAGACAGACGGGGAGGCACAGACGACGUGCAAUGCAAGGGCGCAUUGCGGUGCUCUGUGCUUGUUUGUCUGCUCCAGGCGUUUGAUACGUUCGACCGUCCCAAGGAGGUCGUGGACGGCUGCCCCCCCAGCCCGCCGGACUCCGACCGGUCCGACCGAUCCGACCCCUCCGACAUGCCCACCUUCCGCGGUCCGUCUGACACAUCCUACAACUACAAAGAGGACAUCAGGCUGCAGAGCCAGGCCCACCGGCUGUCCCUCCCAGACCUCCCUCCCCUCCCCCCCAGCCACCAGCACACCUCACCCACCAACUCGCAGUCGCAGUCACAUCCUGCCGGCUUUGCGGGAUCGGACGCGACUUUUCCGCUGCCUAAUGGCAUGGGCGUGGGGGUGGCCAGCCCCUCAUCCUUGACGCGGGGCGCGCUGCCGUCGAUGUCGCUGGGGUCGCUCACGGGAGAGGAGGAGAUCGGCGGGGGGGCGGGCAGGAGCGAGGAGAAGGAUAGCCGCUCUGAAAUGGAGCGCAACGAAGAAAGUGGACCGGAAAACGAAGGUCAGCAUCGCAUCCAUCGAAACAAACGAGCUCAGGAGGAGGGACCCACAUAGAUGGGAACACACGGACAUGGUUGCUUCCUUCCUUCUCUUGUGUUGUACGUACUUAGGUUACCGACCUCAGGACUACAAUGUGCGCACAGCGAAUGUCGUUGUGGUGUCGGACAAGGCCGCGGUUGACAGCCGCGAGAAGACGCCUCGCGGCCCGCCGCCCAGCGACGCCAGCCCACACCAGACGGCCGUCUCUGAGCCAGCCAUCACGCCGGCCGUGUCGGUGGUCCAGAUAAACGGCGUCCUGUCGGACGCAUCCACUACGGGAAGGUCGUGGGCCACACAGCUCCCUGAGAGACCUGCUUUUCAUCCCAGACAGACUAAGGCUGUCAAUAAGGUACGUACGCCGGACGGACGACUGUGCGCCUCCAGCUGACUCCACACGAGGUUUGCAAAGUGCACUUUGACUGUCUGUCUGUCUGUGGUCAGAUGCCGGGUGACUGUGGCCCGGUGCCAAUAGUGGUUCUUACGAAGAAGAAGAAGCAGCGUCCCAUGCCGGGCAGCCGUAUGCACGAGUGCAUCACCCCUCUUGUCACUCCCCGCAUGGACCCCCUCAUGACGCCCCCCGCACCCGCACCACCAGACAUCCGGCGCAAGGCCAAGGCCGGCCCCCAUCCCCAUCCCCGGUCAGCCUCCAACCCCCACCCCCACCCCAAGUCUCUCCCUUUUCGUCGCUACAACAGCUACGAGUCGCCCAGGAGAGACAAGGACGAGGCGGGGUCAGGGGGCUUCCCAUCGCCUGACUUUCGGCCGGCCAUCAACGCUGCCACGGCCGAGUCGGAUGAGGAUGGCGGUCACGGGUUGCCGGCGUCCAUCCUGCGGACGAUUGCCGAGAACCCCGGCCUCGAUGGGGAGGUGUUCGGGGCCCCUCCAAGUGCUCGUCGUGGGCAGCAGCAGGACCACAGUCCCGGGCUGUUCUCCCUGAUGUCGUGCAAGCUGCAGAGCAGCAGUGACGACAUCCGGUCCUGCAAGCUGGUCAGCGACAGCAUCCCGUCCUGCGGGGUCAUCGACGGGCGGUCGGGCGUCCCCAGCCACCAGGCCUCGCCACAGGUGCUGGCCGCCUCAUCGGACCCGCUGCCCUACUGCGCGGUGCCAGAGGGUCGGCCGCCCAUCGCCCCCAUGGGCCUGCCAGCUCUCGCGUACGGGUCGCCCGGGACGUCGCCGCUGUAUCGUCGUAAGGAGAGGGACCCUCGGCUGGCGCUGCACCGACGGAUGCACGAGGAGUACGCCUCGCAGAAUAUGCCGGGUGUGCCUUAUUCGUCGCUCCUCGCGCCCCUCCCGCCGCCAGCAUCAGGGGCAAUGGCCACCACCUUCAAGUUCCCCCCUUCGUCCCUCCCGCCACAACUCGGCGAGCUCCCCCCCCUCUCGUGGGCCCAUCCACAGCUGGCGCCCCCUCCCCCUGUCAUCAACGCGUACCCGCCCCACACACCAACCAUUGCGAGAGACGAGUCAGGUGCAUCGCGGCCACCGGGUGUCGCCGGGCCGCCGUCGGUCAGUGAUGCGGCCAGCCCCACGAGUAAGGAUGCCGUCUGGGAGUCCAGGGACAAGACGCGGCUAAGUAGUGCUGUUGCUGCUCCUGCUGCUGCUUCUGGUGGUGGUGGUGGUCCGGGUAGUGCCAAGAGCGGUGGGUUUCUGACGGCGCUGCUAUCGGGUCAGGCGCCCAAGAAGAAGGACAAAAAGGCCAAGGAGGAGGCGCCCGAGGCUGUCAGGGCAGAAAGGCCCGACAUGAAGGGCACUCUGCCCAGAAAGGUAUGAAGAAGGAAGCCGAGACAGACAGGAAAAGACGGAAGGAAGCACAGGGCCUUGCGAGCACAGAUGCUGAAUUGGCGUCCUCCUUGUGCGUGUUUGCUUGUCGGCAGUCGAGUGCGAUGAUAUGUUUGACGGAUGAGUUUCCGUUGACGUUGGAGGCCUUCAUGCCGGUCCUCGACAUCUUCGCCCUGCAGCACAAGACAAUCGCACAAGUCAGAGACUUCCUGCAGUCCGACGAGGUAAGAAAAGGGCCUGACCGAACGACCAACCAACCAUCAUGGACAAGACGACGGCUUGUCUGUCUGUUGCGGUCUUCUUUCUUUGUAUGUGUGUGUGUUCAGUUGAAGAAGUACAUGCCGCCCGACAUGUUUCCCGUGCGCCUCCAGAUCCCCCUCAACAUGGCCAUCAGGGCGUCACUCACCUUCCAGAACUUCGAGCUGCGCACCGACGACAAUCCGAUACCCGACGAGGAGUUUGAAAUACCAGAGGGAUACACCAGGUACGUGUGGUAUGGGCUCGAUCGGUGUUUUUCCCGUCUCAUGAGUGAGGGUUGGAUGUGUGUGCGGUUGUGUGUUGUGUUGUGGCCAGGUUAAGUCGGAAGGAGGGCGCCAAGACGACCAAGCGGAAGAAGAAGAGGGCGUUGUACACCAACCUCUAUAUCUAGAUAAGAGAUACACACACAUACACUGAUAGAUAGAUACAUACACACAUAAGACAGACAGACAGCCAUACCCAUCCUUCUUUCUACUGCUUGCUGGUGCUGGGCUGGGAGGUGCAUACAUUCCUUGACCUACCUGUUGCCCCAUCAUCCCAUCCACUAUGCAUCCCAUCUAUCGCCUCGCCAGAGUGAGUUAGUUAGUUUCAUGACCCAUACGCACCCACACAGACACAUACACAGACACAUACACACGUGUGAACCGGUAGGUAGAUGUGUCCUGCUGGUACGUUCGUGGCCUGUCUGCCUUGUACGUGUGCGCGUGAGUGAGUCCAUCCCAUUCCGCCACACAGUUUUAUUCACCCACCCAUCGCUCGCUUCUCUCCCCUCCCUGUCCACCUGUCCAUCUGUCCGCCCGGCGACUUGCUUGCUUGCUCGAGUGAGACAGAUGGACAGCCUAUCAUAUGAUCGAUACUAUCAGUGAUGAUGGAUAACAUUCGUUUGUCAGUCAGUGCACCCACCAAGCCCCCCAUGAGUUAGUUUCACUCACUUGUCGCUAGCUAGAAGGACGUGCCCCACACCGUCAGUCAACUCGACCCCCACACCCCCACCGACCUGCCCACACCCACCCACCCACCAGCCACUGUCUGUCUGUGUGGUGCAUGGCAUGCAGUACGUAGUCAGUGACCCAUUCACUUACUUGCCAGCUCACUUUCUUAUCCGUGUCUGUCUGUCUGUCUGUCUGAUUGGCCGAUCGCGGGACGGAUGUGUGAUUUGUCGGCCGGGUCUUUUGCCAGCCGUGUUCUCAUGGCACGUGUGCGAUGGGUGCAUGUAGCUUCCCAUACGCGCCUGCUCAUUCCUUCAGUGACUGACAUGCCGCAGGGAGGGAGGGAGGGAUGGAGGGAGGAGGAUGCCAUACCACUUGCUUGCGGUCGUGUGCAUGGCGUGAUGUGGUCUGCGUCGUCAGUGAUUCAGCCGGAUAAGUGGAUGGAUGGGUGGACGGGUGAUGGUUGGCUGCUUGGUUGCCCCUUGGCCUCUCCUCUCGUCGAUUUUGUUCGUGUACGUACGGACACCCAGCCAUGCAUGGCAUGCAGCCGUGGAGUGCGUUGCGUACUAUGAUGGGUGGGUCCACUACGGGGGAAAGAGACCAGGAUACGAGGGACGGGGUGGGGCGGGGAGCCAGGAAGCAAAAGGGGGCGGGGAGCUGUCUGUCUGUCUGUCUGUCGUCGGUGAUUGCUUUCUCUGGCCGAGGUGACGUGGGCCAGCCCACCGUCGACCUGGGUGUUUGUUGUGUGGUUGUGCAGCUUCAGUGAGUGAGUCGACAGUAUUCAUUUUGUGCCUCCCCGCCUGCCUGUAUCGGUCGGGGAGGGAGCAGAGAGGCGCGAGUGAGCCGGCGGGGCGGGGCGGGGGCGCCAUGUGUUGCCUCCCUCCUCGUCGUGUAUGCGCCUGCCUCAUGCCGUCGGUGUUGUGCACGCGUGUACGUUUCUUUCUUCCAUGCGGUGCGUGUUUUUGCCCCAAGUGAAUGAAAUGAUUGUUGUUUGAUUGAGUGUACUGUUAGCGACCAUCACAUGCAUGGCAUGCAUGCACAGCCACACACACCGCUGACCGGCUGGCUGACUGACUGACUGACUGGCGCGAGGGAAACCCUUGCUCACUCCUCCUUACGUCGUGCAUGGCAUCGUGCUGCCGUGGUGGUUGGUUGGUUGGUGCUGCUGGCUGCUGGCUGCUGGCUGUGUGGGUCGCAACUGAGCUAAUUAGGUGCUACUAGAAAAGGGAGCAAGGCGGGGAGGAAAACUGGAAGGCCAGUGGAUAGAUCGACAUGGAGGCCCACCUGGCUGCAGGCAAGACAGUACAGUAUCAUCACUCUGUGUAGGCCCUGAAUGCGUGCGUCCAUGUCUGUCUGCGUGGCGUGCAUGCAAGUGUUCGUGAGUGUGUUCUUCAUUCAGUGCGUAACUUGGGCCAGUGGCGUAGCGUACGUCGGCAAGCCUAUGGAGAACACAUUUUUGAACAACCACAUCAUGAUGGGAGGGAGACACGCAGCUGACUCGUCCGAGCCUUGGGCUCAUACCUCACCCACCCCCUCUCCCCUCAUGACACGAAUGCCAUGAGAGUGACGCCAUGAAUCGCGUGCUUUGUCACCUAGUUCGUCGUCAACUGCUG